UCUCCUAGAGAAAAAUUAUUGGCCCAUUACUUUUUUGUAAGAAAAUGGAGCCACUGUAAGGUUUCACAGCAUGCUGCAAAAACCGUAAAUUCAAUUCGUCGCAUUAGCGAAUUUGCAACAGUGACUCCCAAUCCUCAUAAAGCUCCAAUUAUGCUACAUCUAGGUGAUCCUACAUUGAACAUCGCUUUUCGCAAAUGUCAGGUGGUACUUGAUGCUGUCGAGAAAGCAUUAAAGAGUCGCGCUUAUGAAGGUUAUGCACCAUCAAUUGGUCAUUUAGAAGCUAGAGAUGCCAUAGCCAAACAUUUUACUCAUCCUGAUGCACCCAUUACCGCUGAAGACGUCAUUCUUACAAGUGGUUGUUCACAUGCUUUACAAAUUGUGAUAGAAUCAUUGGCUAAUUCAGGCGAUAAUAUUCUUAUUCCAUCACCUGGCUUUCCUCUGUAUUCGACAAUGAUGCAGCCACAUCUUAUAGAAGAUCGACUUUAUCCUUUGAUUAUGGAAGAAAAUGACGUCCAUAUAGAUUUAUCUAAACUUGAACAACUAAUUGAUCAUCGCACAAGGGCAAUUAUUGUCAACAAUCCAUCGAAUCCAGUCGGUUCAGCAUAUCCAAAGAGUCAUUUAGAAGAUAUACUGAAAAUAGCUUAUCGAAAACGGCUGCCUAUUAUCGCUGAUGAGAUUUAUGGUAAUAUGGUUUACAAUGGUUCGAAAUUUAUUCCUAUAGCAACUCUUAAGCCACAGGUGCCUAUAAUAUGUUGUGAUGGAUUGUCUAAAAGAUAUAUGGUGCCAGGUUGGCGAAUUGGGUGGAUCAUUAUUCAUAAUCGUUAUGGCGCUCUGGAUGAAAUUUAUAAUGGAAUGAUCAAUUUAACUCAAAAAAUCGUUGGACCUUGUUGUUUAAUUCAAGGUGCUUUGCCUACAAUUCUCAAUGAAUUUCCUGACGAUUAUCUCAAUGAAAUAAAUAAAAUUUUGUCAAAAAAUGCCGAGGUAAUCUUUUAUCACAUAAAUCGAAUAAAAGGACUUACAGUAAUAAAACCAAGUGGUGCAAUGUAUAUUAUGAUUAAAAUUGAUUUAGACUAUUUUAAAACAACUGAAGCGAAAUUCAUAAAAGGACUCAUAUCUGAAGAAAAUUUAUACUGUUUGCCAGGCGAAAUAUUUAAUGCACCACCUGGUUAUUUUCGAAUUGUUCUUACUCAGCCAAAAAAUAUUCUAUAUGAAGCUUGUCAACGUAUCAAGAAUUUUUGCUUAAAAUUGAGAGAUUCUAAUAAAUAA